AUGUUUCCAAAUAUUAUUCAAUAAGAUCGAAGGACUUCGAUUAUGGAUGACUAAUUAAUUAUCCAUAAUAAGAAUAUCCCUCAUACACCUGAAUUAUUUAGUCGUAGGAUUCAAAAGAGACAAUCUUCUAAAAUAGGAUCACAAUCUUAAAUUGUAAGAAAUUAAAGAUCAAAAUUGUCUAUCGAAAGUCAUAGUUAAUAAAGAAAAGCAACCCUUUCAAGUUAAAAGAAUAGAUAAAAUAACUUAUUUUAAGAAUAUUAAGACUUAUUCUUAUCAGAGUCUUCAGAUAGUAAUUCUUCCUCAGCUGGAACAUCAAAAAUAACUUAAGUUUAAUAGAAAGGAGCAGUUUCAAUAACAAACUAUGAUAAAGUGAUAGAUGAACAGAUGGAAUUUAUACAUAAAACAUUGCAUUAACAAUUAUCAUCAAUCAGGUAUUGACCUGUAAUAUUUAGCAAAUAAAAAGCAACCUCAUUUCUAAAGAGUAGUUAGAAUAGUCAAAUGAAAUAGACAAUUAAAAGUAUGAAAAGCAUCAAAUAAUUGUCUUAGUAUUCCAAAAAAAGCAGUUUUUAGAGUAAAUUAAAUUAUUCAACUAAAUUUAACAGAGAAAGAUCAAUAUCUACAUCUAAGAAUGUUAAUUCUGAUACAUAAGAAUUAAAAAGCUUAGUAAAAAUAUUAGAUUAAGCAGGAAUACCUGAAUAAGAAUAAAACUAAUAUAAAUAAAUAAUUGAAGAACUUGAAAAAUAAUGUGCAGAAAUUGUACCAAAUGGAAGAAAUAAGAUUAAAUAAAAGGUCAGAAAAACAUUCGUGCAAUUAUUUAAUCAAUAUUAUAAAGAGGAUAAUUAAUUAAAAGGAAUGGAUGGAGAUCAAAUGAGUGUCUAUUCUGUUGCUUAAAAUGAAUCGAUUUUCUUUGGUAAUAGAGGACAUGAACCUUAAAGUAUUUAAAACAAUCCUUCUAAUAUUAAUAUGACAUCAAUAUUAGAUAAUGUAUUUACUAAAACUUAGAAUCAUGGACUUAUGAGUGAUAGAAUGAAAAUUCUUAUGGAUAAUUUUAAAUUAGAAUUAAGUAAUGAUGAUUCUAAUUUUAUUGCUUAAUCUGAAUAAUCAUCUGAAAUUGAAGCUGAUGAAGAUAGUGAAGAAGAAUAUUUAGAAUAAUAAUUUACCUAAACUAUUAGAGAUCCUACUUCAUAAUAAGAUCAUUAAAUAAUAAAAUAUGAAAGAAAAUAUAAAAGAGAUCCAAUAUAUGAUCCUUAUCCUCUUAUUUGGUAAAGUAAGGAAGAUUACUAAUGGAUUAUUAAAGAUUAUUAAUUUUAUUGGGAUAAUUAUCCAUUAGUAUACUUAAGAAAAACUAUUGUUUUCAUUAUUAGAAUAAUUACAAAUAUUGCCAACAAAAUAAUUAAUCAUCGUAUUUUUACUAUAAUGGUAUUAAUUUCAAUUAUAUUUAAUAUCAUGGUAUUCAUUGAAAGUUAAAGUGACAAUUUAUCUACUGAAGUUCAAAUGAACCUUCGAUAAUAAAAAUAAAGUAAUUUCAAUACAUUAUUUAGUUAUUUUAUUCUUCUUUAUUGUAGAAAACAUUCUCAAAUUAAUUGGCUAAGGUGUAAUAGAUUUCUUUUGGGAUUUAUAAAAUGUAUUUGAUAUAAUAAUACUCAUUCUCUUUUCUUUUCAUUAUUACUAUCCAACUUUGAUGAUCAUUGAUUUUUCAACUGCAAGAUUACUUAAAAUUUUAUCAGUUAUUAGUGUAUUCAGUAAAAGAUUAUAAAUCAUGUUACUUGCUUUAAAACAUUCCUUAAGAUUUUUACUUGAAGCUCUUAUCAUUGUAAUUAUAUUUUCCUACUUCUUUGCUUUAUUUGGAAUGCAUUUAUUUUAAGGAUUAUUUCUACAUAAAUGUUAUUAUGCUGAAUCUGGUAUUUAAACUAACAUCUUAUGUGGAUAUAAUCUCUAAUGUGAAGAUUAAUCUAUGAUAUGCUUCAAAUCGAUAACUAAUCCUAACGUUCCUACUAAUUUUGAUGACAUCUUUUAUUCUUAUAUAGAAGUUGUAAGAUUGAUGAUAUUUAAUGAAUGGACAGAACCUAUUUAUUUAGCAAUGCUCACUUUUCAUGAUUUUGCUAUUAUUUACUUUAUUUUUCUUAUUUUUAUUAUUGCUAUUUUUGGUGCCAAUUUGAUUAUUGCUGUUCUUAAAAUUUAUUAUUCUUAAACAUUAUUGAAAUAUUAACAUGAAGACAUAUAAAAAUUAUAUGCAAAUGCUGAAAUUAUCUUGAAUCUUAGAAUUAUUAAAAAUUAUUCAAUUGAUUUUGAUUGGAAGACAAAUUCAAAGAAGGAUUGGGUAAGAAAGAAACCUCAUGAUGUAGAUGAUUAAACAACAUAUGCUAAAACAAUUCUAUAAAAUAAUAAUAAUUAAAAAAUUAUAAAUUACAAACAUAAAUAUUUAUCUGCAAGAUAAACAAAAGAAUAAGAAGAAAUCAAAAAUAGGAAAAGAGGUAUUAAAUCAAAUAUUAGUAAACUUGAAAAUUUAAUAGAUAGUUUUAAAUUAGAAAAGCUUUUAUUAUUUGAAUAAAAUAAAGAACAAUUCAUGUAAAAACUUUAUUAAAAUGAUGCAUUUGAUAAAGAAUAUUUAAAAUUGUUUUACAUUUAAACUUUUAAAUAAGUACCAUUAUAUUCUUGGAGAAUUGUUAUUAAUAAAUAUUUUUAAUAUAAUAGCACUUCAGAAUCUGAUAUUUUUAGUUUUUAAAUAAAAAAUGAGUAAUUAUAAAAGAAAAGAGAAAGAGAAUUUGAAUUCAUUAGAAAAUCUAUCUUAAAUCAUUGUUAUAGAAUAAAAAAAUCAGAUUAUUCUUUUAUAAAAUUAGAUUUAAAAAAUAAAUAUUCUUCUAAUCAUUUAAAAAGUCAAUUUCCAAUUAAAUAGAAAUCCAAAUAGAAAUAAUUAUUAAAUAUAGAAAAAAAUAAGACAAGUGAAAAAGCAUUAAUAAUUGAAAAUAAUAUCAAUAAUUAAGAAGUUAUCAAUAUUAUCCCAAAUAAUUAAAUGAAUAAUAGAACAAUAGCAUAAGUUGACAAAACCUUUGAUUCUGAAUUUAUUCAAUAGAUGAUCAAUAGAUAAAUACCUGAAAAUUAGGAAGUUAUUUAGAAUUUUGAAGAACUAUAUGUAAAAUACAGAUUAGAUGAAUGUAAAUAAGGAGUUGUUUAUAAAAAUAAUUGGUCAGGAAAUUGUGUAUUGCAAUCAAAAUAGAAGAUUUCAUAAACAAUAAAAAUAUUUCAUUAAUUAAAUAAUAUUGAUAUUUAUUAAUGGAAAAGACCAAAUCUAUAAUGUGUUUGGAAUUUGUUAUCCAAAAAUUUAAAUAUAUUAUUAAGAAAUAGAUCUGCUCAUAUAUUUUUUGAUUUAAUAGUACUAAUCAAUAUUAUUUUACUAAGUAUGAUAGGUUAUGUAGAUUAAAAUAUUAUAGGACAACUUAAUGAUUGUUUUGUCUUUAUUCUUCUUGGUGAAUUAUUUUUAAAACUUGUAUUUUAAGGCAUAAAUAGAUUUUGCUCAAGGGCCAACAAUUUUAUUGAUACUUUUAUUUUAACUUGCUCCAUUAUUUAAUCAUUAUAUGUGUAUUAAAAUUCUGGAAAUGGAAACAUUUAUCUUGAUCUAUUGAAUUCUAGUUAAGCUCUUUUGAUCUAUAGAAUAAUCAAAUAUAAUAAUUUUGCCUUGAAAAUAGCAAAUAUUACAAAAAAAUCUCUUCCUUCAUUUCUCAAUUUAAUAUUGUUGAUGAUAACAUUGAUUUUUUGUUUUGCUUUUAUUGGAAUGAAUUUAUACAAAGGUAAAUUUCCUAUAGAAACAGACUUUGGGUUACAAUAAUCAUUUGAUGAUCUAGCAGCUGCAUUUUUAACAGUUUUUGUAAGAGCUGCAAAUGAAGAUUGGUUUGGUAUGGUAAUGUUGGGUUCACAAUAUAGUAGUAAGAUUGGCACAAUGUUCUUUAGUGUUAUUUCUGUGUAUGUGUUAAAUCUAAUGACUAUUGGAUUUAUAUUGGCUAUAAUUUUAGAUUCAUUUUCUUCUUAUGAAAAUGAAGAUGAGAAUGAUUCUGGGGAGAAUGUAGCUGAUUUAUAAUUCUCAUUCUUAGAAGGUAAUGAUAAUAUAAAUGAAGUAACAUUAAAUAGUAAUAAAGUACUUACUUCACAUCAUGAAAAUAGUGAAAUGAAUUCAAAUGGAAAUAUUAUUUAAGAUAUAGAAAAAUAAACAAUAAAAAAUAAUAAUUUUUUUGAUUUGGCUUCAAGAAUUAAAUUAUUAUUAGAAUAACUAUUUGCUAAAUUUCAAUUUUAUACUAAUAAUGAGAGUGAAAAUUCUUUAUACAUUUUUAGUUAAUCAAACUAUUUUAGAAAGUUAUGUUAUCGUUGUAUCAAUUAUUAAUUGUACAUUAAUUUAAUCUAAGUUACAUUUUUUAUUGUACUUAUGAAUAUGUGUGUAUAUACUUAUUUUGAUUAUGAAAAUAAAAUUCAGAAAAAUUUAGUUGUUUAAAUCUCAAAUUAUGUUGAAUUAGCUACAAAUAUUUUAUUAUUAAUUGAUUCUACAUUAAAAAUAAUCUCAUUUGGAUUUAUGAAAGAUAAAGGAAGUUUUACUAGUGAAUUUUGGAGAUUAAUUGAUUUUGUUUAUCAAUUAUGCUAUAUUUCAAACUUUGUUGUUAAAUAUGAUGCAUUUCAAUAUUUAAAGGUUUUAAAAUAUACAAGACCAUUUCGUUUUCUUUAUCUAUUUGAAUAACUCAAAUAUGUUAACAGUGCAAUAUCAAAAUCAAUUGUUGAUUUGAUGAAUAUUUUAUUUGUUUAAAUAAUGGUAUGGCUUAUAUUUGCAAUAUUUGGUGUAAUGCUUUAUAAAGAUAAAAUGAGUUAUUGUGAAUAUCCUUUGAAUUUUGGAAUUAAUAAGUAAGAAUGUAUAGAAUAAGGUUAAGAAUGGAUAAAUAAUUUGUAUAAUUUUGAUAAUAUGGGAAAUGCUAUGUUAGCAUUAUAUAGAAUGACAGCUUGUGAUGAUUGGGUUUAUAUAAUGCAAAUUUGUUUGAAUUCAAGAGCAGAAGAUUAAGGUCCUAUUCUUUAUGGUAAUAGAUGGGUAACCUUAAUUUAUUUUAUGUUAUUUAUUUUAGUUGGAGUACUCUUCUUUCUUGGAUUUUUUGCAGGAAUUUUAUUUAUUAAUUUUUAAACUUAUAAGACAUAAUUAUAAAAAUAAAUCUUAACAAAUGAUCAAUAAUUAUUUGCUAAUAUUACAAAGAUAAUUUAGAAGGAAGUUCCAAAUUAUUCAGAUCCUCCAAAAUCAUUUAUUAGAAGAUUAGCUUCAAAUAUAAUAAAAUAAAUUCUAUAUGAGAGAAUGAUUUUAUUGACAAUAUUUAUCAAUACUGGUAUUUAAGAGAUUGUAUUUAUUUAUAGGAAUUUUAACUUUCUUUUACGAUGAAGCUUCGUUAGACUUGUUACAAACUUUAGAAUAUAUAUACCAUACUCUUAGUUGUUUUCUAAUUCUGGAUACAUGUUUAAAAAUACUGGCAUUUGGUAUUAGAAGAUAUUGGGGAUAUAUUUGGAGAGAAAUUGAAUUUAUUUUGAGUUUAAUUGCUUUAAUAGAUUUUAUUUUAUACCUUACAAUUAAUUGGAGUUAGUACUACUUUAAAUCCACAAUUGAUAAUCAAUACUUUUUGAUUCUUAGAUUAGCAUUUGCAUGUAGAAAUUUACGAACUCUUUUAAUCAUUCAAUAAUUCAAAGGAUUAACUAGAUUAUUAAGAAUUUUGAAUUUUUCAGCUUCAUUUCUAUUAUAAAUUUUAUGCUUCUUCUUUUCAAUUCUUUUAUUUUAUGGAUUGAUUGGAUGUGAAUAUUUUGGUAUGAUAGAAAAAGGUAUAUAUGUAACAGAUUACAUGAACUUCACAAAUAUUGGUAAAGCAUUAUUGAUCUUAUUUAAAAUUUGCACUAAAAAUAAUUGGAUUAGAAUUAUGAUAGAUGUUUCAGAACGCAAUUAAUAUUGUACAACUGAAACAUCUAAUUAAUGUGGUGUUAAAUGGAUAUAUGCAAAUAUAUUCUUUUAUACAUUUGUACUGAUAUCUAAUUUUGUUGCAUUCAAUCUUUUUAUAACAGCAUUAGUAGAUUAAUUUGAAAGUAAAAUAAUAUUUAAAUUUUAGAAUUCUUUAAUUCUUAGAAUAGUGUCUUAUAAACUUAUAUAGAGAAUAUAGAUCCCUUUAGAACAACUUGGUGUAAGUAUUCAACUGAAACUAAAGGAGCAUAAAUGCAUUCUAAACAUUUGGCUCAUUUUUUAUUAGAAUUAGGACCUCCUUUAGGUUCAGCACAAGAUGAUAACAUUUGGGAUGCUGCCAAAAGUGCUUCUAAUUUUAAAAUAAAAGCAGAUUAAAAUGGUUAUAUUCAUUUUUAAGAAGUUCUUUAUGAGACUAUACGAUAUGCUUAUAGAGAUUAGAUCUUUAGAACUGGUCACUCUGAAGGCAUUAAAGUAAUAAAAUAAAUUGAUAAAGAUACACGUUUCAGAUUACAUUUCAAAAGACUUGUAAUUUAUUAUUAUAAUUAUUAUAGGAUAUUUUGGAUAGAAGAUAUCCAAUAUAUGAAAUGAUGCAUCUUAAAGGUAAUUUCAAUAUUUUAUAGGAAUAUCUAUUUCUAUUAAUGAUCUUUAGAACUUUUAAAGCCUACUCAUUAAAGACUAUUGGUAGAAUUUAAGAAGCUAUAAUGUCUCGUGAUAAUUCAAAUUAUCCUAAAGAAUUAAUUGAAAAUAGUUCUUAAAGUGAAAUAAAUGAUGAUAUUGAAAAGGAUAAAAAAAUAAUGGAAUCAUAACAUUAAAUAUCAUUAAAUAGUGAAGAUGUUGAAACAUACUAAAUUUAGGUUUCUAAAUAUAUUGAAUCACAUAAAGCUAAUAAAAAAUUAAAGUUUUUAGAUUAAAACAGUAAUAAUCAUUCUGAAGGCUUAAUAUUAUUUAUGCCUGAUUCAUAAAAGAAUGAUUGUAUUCAAAUGGCUCCAUUUAAACAUAAAUCAACAAUUAAGAAAAAACAAGAAUAUAAUUUUGUUGAUUUUGAAGCAAUAGAAUAAAAAUAGUUGCAUAAUCCUAUGUUAGACUCUUCUCAUCUUAAUGAAAUCAGUAAAGGAGCAUUGACAGAUUCACUGAUAAAUGAUGAGUACAAAAUCAAUUAAAUUAAUUAUUCUAUGAUAUCUCCUCAUAGAGACAGGUUUAGCAUUAAUUCUAUUAAUGAGAGUGUUGGAACUGAAAAUCAUCAUUUUUUUUAUGGGAAACCAAAAAUGAAAUAUUGUUAACAAGUUGCCAAUUGA